CCGAUGCUGAUAAAAGCCGUGGGGAGAUACACUUGUCCAUCCACUAUACGGACUCUGAGGACGACAUCGAGGUACCUGAUACGUACUUCCCUAUGCGCGAGAAUGGCAAGUGCUAUCUGUACCAAGACGCGCAUCAUGAGGAGGGGGAGUUGCCGGUGAUCACGCGCUCAGAUGGUAAAACAUACGCACACGGCAAGUGCUGGAUGGAACUGUACGACCACCUGAUGGCGGCGGAGAGCUUCAUCUACAUCACUGGGUGGUCUGUGUGGACUGAAGUAGUGUUGGUCAGGGGUGAGGGUGUGGCCCCUAUCACUUUGGGUGAGAUCAUUAAGAAAAAGGCGGGCGAAGGCGUCAAGGUGUGCAUGCUGGUGUGGAAUGAGAAGACGACCAAAAAAGGCGGCAAGGUGGAAUUGGAGGGAAUGAUGGGCACUCAUGACGAGGAGACCAAUAUAUACUUCGCCGAUAUGGAGAAUGUUAAGUGCAAGCUGGCCUCCCGGUACCACUCGCACGGUAAGUUCACGCAGUUCUGCUUCACGCACCACCAGAAGUCUGUGAUCAUGGACGCUCCCAGCCACUUGCCUGGUAGACGCCGUACCAUUUCUUACAUGGGUGGACUCGAUCUAUGUGAUGGCAGGUAA